AUAAGCUCUUAAUAUGGCAUUUUCAGGAAGAAACUAGAGGGGACUGGUGAGUGAUUACUUACAGAAAGGAGUCCCUCGGAGAGGAUGGGGGAAGUGACGAUUCUGCCGAGUGUGACAUGCCUGUGAAACGUUCCGGGAGAUGCCACAGGCUCAACUGACCCAGCUGGAGAAACUUGGACGGUGCUGAAGCCACGCACACCGAUCCUUGUAAACCAUGCUUGAAUCGUUGGCCCUGAGGCAGCCGAAGCGGAACCGCGGAGGCCGGGCGGGACACCCUCGCUCAGUGCGCACGCGCGCCGCUGCCUUUCGCGUGCCGCGGGCUGCGUCUCCAACUCCAGACGCUGCUAAUCGAGCCUCGAGCCAGGUGGAUGUUCUUCUGAGCCUACACGUCUGCAAGAUGCUGGGCAUUUUGAAGCGCCCAAUAGUGGUGACCACUGAUAUCAACUUGAAUUUCGUGGCCCUGGCAGGGGUGGGAUUGCUGAGCCGCCUUUGGGGACUCACCUAUCCUCGGGCUGUGGUUUUUGAUGAAGUAUAUUAUGGGCAAUACAUCUCCUUUUACAUGAAACGGAUCUUCUUCUUGGAUGGCAGUGGACCGCCACUGGGUCACAUGCUGCUGGCCUUGGGGGGUUAUUUAGGAGGAUUCGAUGGGAACUUUUUGUGGAACAGAAUUGGAGCAGAAUACAGCAGCAACGUGCCCGUGGGGGCCCUGCGCUUGCUGCCGGCACUCGCAGGGGCCUUGUCCGUGCCCAUGGCCUACCAGAUCGUGUCAGAACUCAACUUUUCUCAUUGUUCCGCCAUGGGAGCUGCUCUCUUGAUGCUCAUAGAGAAUGCUCUGAUUACUCAGUCAAGGCUAAUACUGUUGGAGUCGGUGUUAAUAUUUUGUAACCUUUUGGCUGUCUUGUCCUACCUGAAGUUCUCCAACUCCCAAAAACACAGCCCUUUCUCUCUAAGCUGGUGGUUUUGGCUAAUCCUGACUGGAGUUUCUUGUUCCUGUGCAGUUGGCAUAAAAUAUACAGGUGUUUUCACAUACUUGCUCUUGCUCAGCGUGGCUGCCGUCCAUGCCUGGCAUGUGAUUGGAGACCAGACCCUGUCAAAUGUCUGUGUGUUCUGUCACUUGCUAGCCAGAGCAGUGGCUUUGUUGGUCAUCCCAAUCGUCAUAUACUUACUCUUCUUCUACGUCCACUUGAUUCUACUCUACCGCUCUGGCCCCCAUGACCAAAUCAUGUCCAGUGCUUUCCAGGCCAGCUUGGAGGGGGGACUGGCUCGGAUCACACAAGGCCAGCCACUGGAGGUGGCCUAUGGUUCCCAGGUCACGCUGAAGAAUGUCUUUGGUAAACCCGUGCCCUGCUGGCUCCAUUCCCACCAGAACACCUAUCCCAUGAUAUAUGAGACUGGCCGAGGCAGCUCCCACCAGCAGCAGGUGACCUGUUACCCCUUCAAAGACGUCAAUAACUGGUGGAUUGUAAAGGAUCCUAGGAGGCAUCAGCUGGUGGUGAACAACCCCCCGAGACCCGUACGACACGGAGACGUUGUGCAGCUGGUCCACGGCCUGACCACCCGCUUCCUCAACACGCAUGAUGUGGCAGCGCCUCUGAGCCCCCACUCCCAGGAGGUCUCCUGCUACAUCGACUAUAACAUCUCCAUGCCCGCCCAGAACCUCUGGAAGCUGGACAUUGUCAACAGAGAGUCAGAUACCGAUAUUUGGAAGACCAUCUUGUCCGAGGUUCGGUUUGUACACAUGAACACCUCUGCCAUCUUGAAGCUGAGUGGGGCACACUUGCCUGACUGGGGCUUCCGGCAGCUGGAGGUCGUUGGGGAGAAACUGUCCCGGGGCUACCACGAGAGCAUGGUGUGGAACGUGGAGGAGCACCGGUACGGGGAAAGCCAGGAACAGAACGAGAGGGAACUGGAGCUGCACUCACCUACCCAGGUGGACAUCGGUAGAAACCUCAGCUUCAUGGCCAGAUUCUUGGAAUUACAGUGGAGGUUGCUGACGUUGAGAAGUGAUGAUUCCGAACACAAGUACAGCUCCACCCCCCUGGAGUGGGUCACCCUGGACACAAACAUUGUUUACUGGCUGCACCCCAGGACCAGUGCUCAGAUCCACCUGCUUGGAAACAUCGUGAUCUGGAACUCAGCCAGCCUCGCUACAGUGGUGUACAUGCUGCUCUUCUGCUGGUACCUGUUCAGACGGCGAAGAAAUGUCCAUGACCUCCCUGAGGAUUGCUGGCUGCGCUGGGUGCUGGCUGGGGCCCUGUGUGGUGGGGGCUGGGCAGUGAACUACCUGCCUUUCUUCCUGAUGGAGAAGACACUCUUCCUUUACCACUACCUGCCUGCGCUCUCUUUUCAAAUCAUCCUGCUGCCUGUGGUCUUGCAACAUGUGAGGGACCACCUGUGCAGGUCCUGGCUCCAGAGGAACGUCUUCAGCGCCCUGAUUGUAGCAUGGUACUCCUCCGCGUGUCACGUAUUUAUCACCCUGUGCCCACUAACGUAUGGGGACAAGUCUCUCUCAGCAAGUGAACUCAAGGCCCUUCGCUGGAAAGAUAGUUGGGACAUCUUGAUCCGAAAACAGUAGCAGAACAAGAACACCGAAGAACUUCUGUGCUGGGGAUGGGACAAGGUAGAACUGGCUUUUUAUAAAUAUAUUUACUUUUAAUUAGCAGAGUGGCUCCAAGCUGACGGUGUCUGGCCAGGGCUCAGAAAGGAGUCUGCUGGAAUUUGUCAUGGCUUGGAAUCCUCUGGUGAGCACCUCACUUUGAGCAAAGUUUAUUUUUUUCCAGACUGUAAACAACAUGCUCUACGUUUCCACCAAUUCCUGAGAGACUGCUGAGCUAAGAUGCGUUGUGUACUGCAGUGGCUGGCGUAGGGGUCGCUGAUGAAGGCAAGAGCACAAUGGGCUGGUGAGGUAGCUAGUUACGUUCUGACCAGAUAAAAGUCCUAGUCACUCCUAACAGUUCCUGUUUUGGGAUUUUCCUUUGAUGGACCUGAUCUUCCCUCAUGAACUCCCAUUGAACUGGCUGAAACAGAGCAGUGUUUUAGCACUUGCCUCAGUGAGGCCUUAUAAGAAUUAUUCUUGAACAAUUCAGUAUCAAAAAGCUAUCUGUUUAAGUCUUUUGUGAGGCCUAAAUGAAUUUUCUGAUUACUCUAUAAAAAAUUUUAACACCUCACUACUGCUGUUUGUUUGAAAAUGCAUUCUUAGAUUUUGCUGAGAUAAUGUAAGCGAGUAGUGUCAUCCAUACAUGUCCUGAUCCUGAAUUUGCAUUUUUUUUAUGUAAUUAAAAAAGGGACAAAUUA